CGCCAGCCCAGCAGCAAGAGGGGUACGGUUCGCGGCAGCCCGACGGGAUCCCGCCCAGCGCUGCAAUGAGCGACCCUGUGAAGCUCAAGGAGCCCUCGUACUUUGAGGCCAAGGCUGCGCGCGAGGCCGCCGCCAGGAAUUCCACUCCACUUCGCAAGGCAUGCCAGUGGAUUGUCAACAACCAAAUUGUUGGGUCGCUGGCGGCGCUGGCUGCCAUCCACGGCUACGACUUUGUCACUGGCGGCAAGUCGGCGAUGGUGCACCUGCAAAACCAGAUUCCGGGCGAUGCCCAGGGCCGGUACAUGCGUGGACUGAACGACGUGUGGUACAUCAUGCACUGGGUGGUUCUGUUCACGCUAAUCCGCGCCACCGUCAUGUACAAGAUCCUCGAGCCCUUCGUCAAGUGGUGGGGCGUCAGGUCGGCGCGCAAGAUUACGCGGUUCUCGGAGCAAGGCUGGUUGACCAUCUUCUACAUCGUGUCGAGCUCGGCUGGCCUGUUCGUGAUGUCGCAUGAGCCCCACUGGAUGAACACCAAGCACUUCUGGAUCAACUACCCCGAGGGCCACAAGCAGAUGAGCUACCUGAUGAAGUCGUACUACCUGAUCCAGAUGGGCUUCUGGUUCCAGCAGAUCUUUGUGCUGCUGAUCGAGGAGCCACGCAAGGACUUUUUGGUCAUGGGCAUCCACCACAUCGCCUGGUCGCUCUACGCCAACUUUGUGCGCAUCGGCAAUGCCGUCCUGGUGUGCAUGGAUGUGGCCGACAUCUUCCUGAGCGGCACAAAGUGCCUGCGCUACCUGGGAUUCGAGAAUCUCGCCGUCGGCUCGUUUGUGGUGCUCAUGGGCUCGUGGAUGUAUACGCGCCACUAUCUGUACGGCAAGAUCCUGUACAGCGUGUAUUUUGAGUCGAACGCCAUCCUCGAUGACUCGAUCUUCAACCCCGCCAACGGCAGCGGCAACCUCGAUGACAGCCGCAGCGAUUCGGAGGACGGCAGCGACAGCGACGAUGGCAGCCACAGCUCGAAGAAGCCUGCCACCACCAAAAAGAACCAGUAAAGGAUCUAAUAAAUUUUCAGCAUGUAA